GACAUUGCAUUCGCACCAGAGAGCACGCAUCACGACCAGCGCCUCGCCCAAGUUCUGCAGGCCCCAUCUAAGAACCCGUUCUUUACACCUCUGGUCCCAAUGCGGGACAAAGCUACAGAAGAGAGACGGCUGAUCCCAUUCCCAAUGAAUUUGCCGCGCGAUCAGUAUGCCGAGUCGUUUCACGAGGACCCGUCUCAAUUCAACCCGGGCAAUUAUCCAGCUGAGAACAUCCCGCCCACGCUGAAGACCCACGAGGAUGGCGACGUGCACGACGUGCACGAACUUAAGGACGUGCCGAUCCCAGCAAGACUUACUUUCUUCGACAUUGGCAUCAACAUGGGCCUGAACUUGCUGUGCCCUCUCUUCUCAAUUAUUGGGUUCGUAUGCGAGAUGAUCCACCUUGACUGCAUGCGCAUAUUAGGCCUCGGAGUUGCACAAUGGCUCGUCGGCUCGAUUUUCUUUCUUCUGAUCAGAGAGAACUUCGCGCAGUCAAUGUUGGUUCGGGCCAAAGGCCGCCGCAAGGCGAACCUCAUGCACUUGCGCAGGCGGAUGAAGUCAUUUUACGCCACGAACCCGCGUACGUCGAGCACUGGCAAUAACAGGAGUCGUAUAGGUAAGAUCACCAUGGCCAUGAUCAAGAACGGCCGCUUGUCUUCUAAGGCCGCCGAGACGCGGCAUCUGUUGCCCCUUGCCAAGAUUUCAUUAACCGAGAACCAGCAUCUUUUGUCUAGGAACGACGUGCUGCUUAAGCAAGCAUGUGACGAGCACUGCAAAGUCCACGACGUGAUGCAGUUUGAGCCCCGCCAGAUGUCGGCGGAUGGCAUCGAGCGCGCGCAAAGAUCGGCGCUGCGCCUUCUCCAGUUUUGGAAGUCUCGGGGCGGGGGGCUUGUCUUUAAGCAUCGCGUGGCUGCGCAUCUCAUUUUUAAUGCUGAGAAGCUCGGCAAUCCGCUGUGCUACUG